AUGGUCGACGACCCCUCCAUCGUCAUCGAGGAGAGGGAACUGAUCCGAUUCGAACGAGCCGACGAGUACCUCUCGCUCCUUACCUCCCUCGUCAACCCGCUCGACUCUACCAGCACCUCCUCAACGCCCUCUUUUGGCCCCGAUGAGACACUCAGCAAGCUUCUCUCCAUCCUGGACGAGUAUCAAGACCAAUCUCACCUGCUCGACCCCUACCUGGAACGCAUCGUCUCCCCACCCGUCGAGGCGCUCCAACGCCACGUCCGGUCCUCCUCUUCACUCCCCCCCGCCGCAGUGGUGCGACUCUCCAAACUCGUCUACACCUACACAAAAGUCCGCGGAUACAAGACCAUCCUGCACUACUUUCCGCACGAAGUGGCCGACCUACCCGCCACCCUUUCUUUCUUGGAAGAUCUCGUCGCGGCCGAUGACGUUCGAUGCUGGGAGCUGCGCUACGUGUGUCUGCUCUGGCUGUCGCUGAUCUGCAUGAUUCCGUUCGACCUGGCCAAGUUCGAUCGACCAGACUCGACCAGUACGACAGGGGAACGGAUCGCCGCUGUGGCAGAGCACUUCAUCGCCAGCCCGGGCAAGGAACGUGAUGCAGCAGCGGUCGUGCUUGGGCGUCUCUUCCAGCGCAACGAUCGCCGAAAUCAAUUUCCUGCGUUCUUGUCAAAGAGGCUGCAGGCGGUGAAGGGGGAGGAUGCGAGCCUGUUCGAAGCGACCGGUGUGCUACAGGCGCUGUGCGAGGUGCUCAAGACGAGCGAGCCUGCGUUUGUCCUCACCCACCUCGCCGACCUCGAGACGGUCAUCGAUGCAUACGACACGCAUCCAAACAGCGCCCUGACAAACGACGGGCUGAUCACAAAGUACAAAACCAAACUCACGGCGCGAUUAGCGCUCAAACUCCUUCGGCCCCGCGCACGCCGUCAUGCCAACAAGUAUCACGUCCUCGGCCACCCCUCCGCCGCCCUCCCGAUCGAGCCGGAGGACGAAGACGAAUCCGACAUCUCCGAAUCCACCGAACCGCUCAUCUCGACCCUCCUCACCUCGCUCCAGCACAAAGACACCCUUGUCCGGUACAGCGCAGCCAAAGGUCUCGCUCGCCUCUCCGAUCGACUCCCCACAUCCUUCCUCACCCAAGUGGUAGAUGCGAUCCUCUCGCUCUUCGCCAUCAACGUCCUCGAGGGCGAUCUGAGCAGCGUUUCGGAGCACACGUGGCAGGGAGGCUGUCUAGCGCUCGCCGAGCUCUCCCGUCGUGGCCUGCUGUUUGGUGACAUGCUGAGCGAGGCCCUGCCGUGGGUGAUGCAGGCACUCAUGUUCGAUGUGAGGAGGGGAGCGCAUAGUGUGGGCAGCAAUGUGAGGGAUGCCGCGUGUUAUGUGGUGUGGGCGCUGGCGAGGUCGAACGAUGUCGAGUCGAUAAGGCCGCACGCGGUGGAGCUGGCAAGGAGGUUGGUGUGCGUCGCAACAACCGAUCGGGACGUGUCGAUACGCAGGGCGGCUAGCGCGGCGUUUCAGGAAAGUGUAGGCAGACUGGGUCUGUUUCCACGGGGGAUAGAGGUGAUUCGGUUGACGGACUUUUAUGCGGUGAGUGUGAGGAGGUGCGCUGUGCGAGAGUGCGCGGUGGGCGUCGCUGCGUUCGAGGAGUAUAGGGGAUACUUGGUGGAUCACUUGGUGGAGAAGGUGACGGUGCAUUGGGAUCCGGCGAUGCGGAGGCUGGGUGCGCAGGCUGUAGCGCUAAUCGCCAUGCAUGAUCCGAGGACGCUGCUGCCAGAGCUCGCGGCGAGAGUGGGCAAAAGGGUCGCUACAUCGGACAACGCCGUGCUUCACGGAACGCUGCUCACCCUCGCUGAGCUGUCGCGGCUCUCCCAGACACUCUCUGACGACCAUGCGUUGGUAGGAGAGGAGGUCAGGACCACCUGCUUCGUCCUACUCGACAAAGUGCGCCCAACCAUGUUCCGCUCGCUCGGCGCCGCCCCACUUCUCGAAGCAGCCUGUGCUCUCAUCGGCGCCGCUAUCCCCGCCCAUACCACGUCCUCCGCCAACGAGACCCAGACGUGGGAGAAAAUCCUCAACUUCGCCCUCGCGCGCCCCGAAGAGACUGUCCACAUCGCCGUCGCCGAUACCAUCGCCCAUCUGAGCCGCUGCGUCGACAUCUCGUCCAAGGUGCGCUCCACCCUGCAAAGCUGGUCGACCCUCACGCUGCCACAGCAGCAGAGCAAUGCCCUUCUUCUUGGCGCCGUUGACUUUGGGCAUGAUUCGAGGCUGCUCCAGGACGUGGUGGGGCAUCUGAUGGCGCUGACAAGACCGUCAACGAAGACGAUGGCAACUCCGAUGUACUCGUCCAACAUCGAAGUGCGCCGAAAUGCGAGCGACAGUCUCACACGAGCCCUCGUCAACCUGCGCGACUUUGCGCAGAUGUGCACUCCAGACCUUUUGAAUCGGGCGCUGCAAUCGUUGGUGGGAGGACUGGAGGACUACGCGACGGACCAACGUGGCGAUGUAGGCUCGUGGGUGCGGUUGAGCUGCAUCGCCGGGCUGCGAGACGUUCUCAAACUGUGUCGAAGGCACGCGAGGCAGAUUGACCGGGCGCAGCUGGACGAGGCGGUGGGAGGCAUGUGGAAGCAGGCGGCCGAGCGAAUUGACCACGUGCGGUGUGCGGCGGGGACAGCGGUGCUAUGCCUCUAUCGCGCUUAUCAGGGCGACGAGGUGCGACCGCAGGGCUACGACGUGAUCGAAGUCGCCUUUGGACCGCUGAACACAGACGAGUCUGAGCUGGAGCAAAUCUUCAAGAACCCAACGAAGGCGUUCAGAGCCGUCACUCGCCUCCUGCUCAUUCCUGCGUAUCGAAGUCCUAUUCUGCACGGGCUGGUGCUCUCCGUAGGAUCAAAGUCCGACUUGGGCGAACGGAUCAUCGGGCCCGCCCUCGCCGACCUCACCGCAAGUACGAGCUACACCUUGACAGCGCUGCUUUCGGACAUCUUCGACUUGGCCAAGAAGCACUUUGGCAACAACAGGCUCUUCAUCCCCGCGAUGCACACCGUCAACCUUCUGCUCGAGAACGGAGCAACACAUGCGGGGAUGGAUGUGCCGCUUGCACGGCUGCUCAGGAUGGUGCUGUCCAACAUGGGGAAGGUCAAGAGUGUUCCGAGGUUGACGGCAGCUGCGACGGUAAGUGCCAACGUCGUGCUCGCGAUACGUCCAGCAGGUGGAAAGGAGGAACUGUUGCCGCUGCUGAUCAAGGCGACGCAGGCUUUUUUAACGCACGAGUUCCCCACGGUGCGAGCGAGGUGCGCGGAACAGCUGUUUGCCGUGCUCUCAUCGAGUGUCAGCUUCGACGACGAGGAGGGAGAAGAGAAGAUGGAAGUGUGGGGCGAGCUGGAGAUGGUGCUGCUAGAUACGAAGUGGGACUCCACCACGGAGAGGUUUGAAGAGCCGGUGGGCGUCAUGACAGCAGCAUUGCCACGUCUUCUGACAUGA